GGCGUAGUAUCAGCGCCAGUACCAGUAUCUUUGUAUCCGUAAGAUACACGUACUUGCACCGCACUCUACACUGUCGCUUCUGCUGCUGCUGCUGCUGCCGCUGACGUCGCGUCGUUUCCUUAUUGACUGCCUCGCAAGUCAACGCGACUCGGCCAAUGUUUAUUUUUGUUUGCUCGCCAGAAAGCGGGAAAAACAAGUUUAGCUCUACGCUGUACACUGUGCAACGUAAAGAUCAACAACUGCGUCGCAAUUUGGAAAAAUCUGAAGAAAAGUUCAAUUGAGCCGAACAAAGUAAUUUAGAAACACCAUGAAACUUAAAAUAAAGCACUAAUUUUAAAUGUCAUUUAAUUAUGCAAAUUUAUAGCCCCAGCCCAUAUAAAAAUACAGCGCUAAUUAGGGGCAAGUGUAAAAAAUGAAUUUGCAUUUUUUUUGGAAGCCGGCAGCCUCCUUAAUGAUGUCGUUAAUCAAAAGUCGUCUCGUGUAUUUAGCAAAAGUCGCGGAAAGUGCAAAAUAUGUUGAACAUACAUACAACAGCAACGAGAGCGACAACAACAGCAACAAUUGCAUGUGAAAGUUUAUUUUGGCAGCGAGCGUAUUUAAAUGUAUUUCAAAGUGUGUGACAAAAAUAAUGAAUGCGGCUAAAAGAGCGCCAGAGUCCGAUCCAAAAGACAAAGUGUCAAAAAAGAGAGUGGAAAUAACCCGCACAUGUUUAUAGCCAUAAAUAUUGGCAUGCAACAAGUGUUUGCCAUAUGUCUGCGCUUUUUUUCUGCUGUGUGUGCUCUGUGCUGUGUUGUGUGUGUGCGUGUGCGUGUGUGUGUGUGUGUUGCGCAAUUUUCUUAAGUGAAGUUUUCACUAAUGUUUCAUUUUUAGCCCAUAUGCAAUUGUGACUCAUUGGCAGAAAUACCAAAAAAAAAAAAAAACAAUAAUAAAUUUCGAUCAUAUCGAAAAGAAUUCACACAGCCAAAAUGGGCUUCUCAACGGCCCUACAAAGCCGGGCAGCCCACGAAGCGUUGAUCGUGCGCCAAGAUGCGGAACUGCGUCUCAUGGAGACCAUGAAACGAUCCAUUCAAUUGAAAGCCAAAUGCGACAAGGAAUACGCUAUCAGUUUGGCAGCCGUCGCUCAACAGGGACUGAAAAUAGAUCGGGCUGAUGAAAUGCAUGGCAGCCUCAUCACAAAAUCCUGGCGAUCCUACAUGGAUGAGCUGGAUCAACAGGCCAAACAGUUCAAAAUAAAUGCCGAACAACUUGAGGUUGUUUGCGACAAGUUGGCACAUCUCUCACAGGACAAACGGAAGGCCAGAAAGGCUUAUCAGGAGGAACAUGCCAAAAUUGCCGCACGUUUGAAUCAUCUGACAGACGAAGUUGUGCGAAAGAAGAGCGAAUACCAAAAACAUUUGGAAGGCUACAAGACGUUACGCACCCGCUUCGAGGAGCACUACAUAAAAGCACCUGGUCGAAGUGGUCGCAAGCUGGAUGAUGUGCGGGAUAAAUAUCAGAAGGCCUGUCGUAAAUUGCAUCUCACACACAACGAGUACGUCCUGUCCAUCGCGGAGGCCAUUGAGGUCGAGAAGGAUUUCCGCACGGUGCUCCUGCCGGGUCUACUCGAGCAUCAGCAGUCCGUGCAGGAGAGCUUCAUACUCCUGUGGCGCAACAUUCUGUUGGAGGCGGCACAACAUGGCGAUCUGACCGCGGACAAAUUCAGAGAGAUCCAGAAACGCAUUGACACUGUGAUAGGAGGCAUCAAUCCGACCGAGGAGUACGCGGAGUUUACUGAGAAACACAAAACUUCACCCACAACGCCGUUGCUCUUUCAAUUCGAUGACACACUGAUCGAGGAUAUACCUGGCAAGUUGACCGCCAGCACACUGACCGUGGAUAACCUGACCGUGGACUGGCUGCGCACCCGUCUCCUGGAGCUGGAGUCGGCGGUGAAGGAGUGCCAGGAGCGGCAACUAAAGCUGAUUGAGCAUGUGAAUGGAGGCUCACCCGUGGCCAAUGGCAGCAUCAUUUCCAAUGGCAGCAGCGCCUCCAAUGGCAUACAGUCCAAUAAGGAUAGUCAGAAUCGACAAUCGAAGGACCUGAAUGCGCUGCGUUGUCAGGAGAAGCAGAAACAGAAACUGGUCGACAUGAUCAAGUGUGCCCUGAACGAGGUGGGAUGUGAGGAGUUGCCCUCCGGCUGUGAUGAUCAUCUCUCGCUGGAGCAGAACUUCAUUGAGCAUGGCUUCAACAAUGAGCAGCAGCGCUCCAACUCCACUAGCUCCCCAGGCCUGGGCAUUGUGAAUGAGCUAAUGCGUCGGGGUGGCGUUCUCACGCUGCUCCGUGGUCGUGGUCGCCACUUUAAGCGCAAAUCGACUCCACAGCCAACGACGCCCAUGACGAGGUCACGUCAUGGCCGAUUCUCGAAGCUGCAGCCCCGAUCACAGAGUCUCGGAUCCCUCUCGCUUUCACUCUCAACGAAUCGUCCGCUUUAUGAGGAGGAAUGGUUCCACGGUGUCCUGCCGCGUGAGGAGGUAGUGCGUCUUUUGAACAAUGAUGGAGAUUUUCUGGUACGCGAAACCAUACGGAACGAGGAGAGUCAGAUCGUGCUGAGUGUUUGCUGGAACGGACACAAGCAUUUUAUAGUGCAGACAACCGGAGAUGGACACUUCCGGUUCGAGGGACCGCCAUUUCCCAGCAUACAGGAACUGAUCAUGCAUCAAUAUCACUCCGAGUUGCCGGUUACUGUCAAAUCGGGUUCCAUUCUCCGACGUCCUGUAUGCCGCGAACGCUGGGAGCUCAGUAAUGAUGACGUGGUACUCCUUGAAAAGAUUGGCAGAGGCAACUUUGGUGACGUCUACAAGGCCAAGUUGAAGUCAACAAAACAAGAUGUUGCCGUCAAAACCUGCCGCAUGACCCUUCCCGACGAACAGAAGCGCAAAUUCCUGCAAGAGGGUCGCAUCCUUAAACAGUACGAUCAUCCAAAUAUUGUCAAGCUCAUUGGCAUCUGUGUGCAAAAGCAACCCAUCAUGAUUGUCAUGGAGUUGGUGCCAGGUGGCUCUUUGCUCAACUAUCUUCGUAAGAACUCCAAUGCACUCUCCAACCGACAACAGAUGGGAAUGUGUCGCGAUGCGGCUGCAGGCAUGCGAUAUCUGGAGUCAAAGAAUUGCAUACAUCGGGAUCUGGCUGCUCGUAAUUGUCUUGUGGAUUUUGAGCAUAGUGUUAAAAUAUCUGAUUUUGGCAUGUCACGUGAAGAAGAGGAAUAUAUAGUUUCCGAUGGCAUGAAACAAAUACCUGUUAAAUGGACUGCUCCCGAAGCUCUUAACUUUGGCAAAUACACGACGCUCUGUGAUGUUUGGUCUUAUGGCAUUCUGAUGUGGGAAAUAUUUUCAAAAGGCGAUACACCAUAUUCGGGAAUGAGCAAUUCACGUGCUAGAGAACGCAUCGAUACAGGUUAUCGGAUGCCCACACCGGAGAAUACGCCGCCAGAGAUGUAUCGCCUGAUGCUUAAGUGCUGGGCCGCCGAUGUCGAGUCCCGUCCGCACUUUGAUGAGAUCUACAAUGUGGUUGAUGCACUGAUCCUGCGUCUAGACAACAGUCACUGAGCAUAAUAGGAUAGAGACCAAUGAGUUUCUGAAUCUGUAAUUAUUUCUAAUACAUACUCAAGGUAGUUCUUAGUAAGCGCUUUUAAAGUAUGUCACUUUACCUAGAACUAAACAACGAAAUGCCUGUAUUUAUAAAAUACUUACUAUACUUUAUAAUAUACAUACGAUAAAAUACUUCGUAACUACACUUAUAUUUUAAAAAUACGAAACAUAGAGAAAGAAAGAUAUUUAUAUGAAUAUGAAUAUAUAUUUUGUAGUUGUUUAGCUGUACAUUUAAAUAUGUAAUAUGCUCUGUGUGCCUGCGUGUGAGUGUGAGUGUGUGUGUGUAAGUGUCUAUGUCUGUGUGUUGUAAGGAAUCCUUAAUGUGCCAAAAA